CCAGAGACAGCCGCCGUCGCCAAGCCGCCAGGACGCCGCUGUCGCCGACCGUCGUCGCAUCGUUGUCCCCGUCGCGCAAGAGACCGGCGGUCCACCGGGGGGUUGCAGCGGCGAGUUCCCCCUCCCCCAAUCCAGUUUCAAUUCUUCAAAUUCGAGUGGACGAUCGAACUGCUUCUUAGUUAAGGAGAAUGCUCAUUGGGUUUUAGAUCUCAUAUGAUGAACACCAUAUCAUUUCCAUUCAAGGCAUCAUUUUCCAAUGUUUCAAACUUAAGAAGCCAAAACAAGAGUUAUAGAAAUAGAAUUAAAAUGGAGCUCUCCAUCACACAACCUGAUGAUUGGCAUCUUCAUCUUCGUGAUGGUCAUCUUCUUGAAACAGUUGUCUCUCACAGUGCAUCUAACUUUGGAAGGGCAAUCAUUAUGCCGAAUUUAAAACCUCCUAUCACCACCACUGCUGCAGCUGUCGCAUACCGGGAUUCCAUCUUAAAUGCAUUGGCUCCUAAUUCUGGUUUUACUCCGCUUAUGACACUAUAUUUAACCGAUACAACAAGUCCGCUGGAAAUCAAACAAGCCAAAAAUAGCGGAGUAGUAUAUGCUGUGAAGCUUUAUCCUGCUGGUGCUACAACCAAUUCUAAGGAAGGCGUUACUGAUCUUUUUGGAAAAUGCAUGCCAGUUCUUGAGGAAAUGGCUGAGCAAGAGAUGCCUCUCCUGGUCCAUGGAGAGGUAACAAGCCCUGAAGUUGAUGUAUUUGAUCGAGAAAAGGUUUUUGUUGAGACAGUUUUAGGGCCUUUAGUGCAGAGACUUCCACAGCUGAAGAUUGUGAUGGAGCAUGUCACCACCUUGGAUGCUGUGAAGUUUGUAGAAUCUUGCCAAGAAGGAUAUGUCGCAGCGACGGUCACCCCACAACAUCUUAUUCUAAACAGGAAUUCUCUGUUUCAAGGUGGGCUCCAGCCACACAAUUACUGCCUUCCUAUACUUAAACGAGAGAUCCACAGACAAGCUAUUGUGUCUGCCGUGACAAGUGGCAGCAGAAAGUUUUUCUUAGGCACUGAUAGUGCUCCACAUGAUCAACGGAAGAAAGAAUGUCCGUGUGGGUGUGCUGGUAUCUACAAUGCUCCUGUGGCAUUGUCGGUCUACACAAAGGUUUUUGAGGAGGCUGGCACGCUUGACAAGCUAGAAGCAUUUACAAGCUUUAAUGGACCUGAUUUCUAUGGUCUUCCUAGGAACACAAGAAGGAUUAAAUUGUCUAAAACCCCGUGGAAGGUACCAGAAUCAUACUCCUACGCUUCAGGGGAUAUCAUUCCUAUGUUUGCUGGUGAAACAUUGGAGUGGCAACCUUCUUCACCCAUAUGAUGAUGUUGUGGGAACUCGUCA